AUGUCGCCAGCCUCGUCUCCAGCGACCUCUCCGCCCGCCGCCAUCACCUCGGCCUCGACUUCAGCCGCUCAUCCCCCGCUUUCUCCGCUCAUAACCUCCCCGCCAGCUCGCAGGAGCACGCUACCGCGGCCAAUGUCGCACGCGUCCAAGAACCGCCUGUCGCAGUACUCGACUGUGAGCUCGAUUCCCUCCCGCUCUCGUCCGCCCUCUCAGCUGUUCCCCAUCUACCCAUCCAGUCUGCCCUAUACGCUGGUGCGAGACUUUGCCUACCCCAUGGGCCAUCCUAUGCACUAUGGCCCCCCACGGAACCUUCUCGGCCGCCCCUCGGGCAUGACCACGCCAGCCAGCGAGCAACGGCGCUUAUCCGACCCCCCGACAUCCUGGGAUCGUCAUAGCUGGGAUAACUCAUGGAGCAGCGACGGUUGGGGAAGGGCGAACGAUCUGCCCCCGAUGCAGUUCGCCGACGGCCCUCCGUGGAGCGAGGAUGAGGACCUUCAGAGCCCUGUGGUCAGUUCGAGACACAAGAAGCACAAGUCAGCUGGCGGCAGUGGUGGCGGCGGCUAUGGUGCGGGAAGGAGCGGCGGUGGUGGUUCGGUCAUGAACCCGAGCAACUAUGACCGGGAGAGGGGUUACUACGUUGGCACCGGUGGUGAUGGUAGCGAGCGCUACUAUGUGAACCAGGGAGGCGAGGCCAACGGGCCGGGCGGCGAGUACGUAACGUAUCCGGCCGAUCAGGCGCGCCACAGCGCAUACCAGGUUGCCGACCAACAGCCACGCCAGUACGAAGACGAUUACCCAUCCGACUUGGACGACUCCAGCCCUGGCGGCUAUCACGAGAUGGACGAAUCGCGUUAUUCGCGCGACUAUCAGUUCACAAUCACCUCUCCCGACGAGGAGAUGCACGGUAAGGCCGUGGCGCUGUACGACUUCCACCGGGAAGACGAGAACGAGUUGCCUCUUGUGGAGGGUCAGAUCAUCUGGGUGUCGUACCGACAUGGGCAAGGCUGGCUGGUUGCGGAGGAUCCCAAGACGCAAGAGAGCGGUCUUGUGCCGGAGGAAUAUGUGCGGCUGCUGCGCGACAUCGAAGGAGGCAUGAACAGUCUCACCGGCCAGCUUAGCGAAAGUCCUGUUAGCCCGGUGGAAGCUGGAACACCUACUCAGGCAGAACACACUGCUACUGCCUCUGGCGCAUCCUUUGGUCACACCCCCACACAAAGCCUAAGCUCCAACAGUGGUGGCGGAUCUGGCGUGAAUGGCAACAACAACAACAACAACAACGCCAACAACAACAACAACAACAACAAACAACAACAACAACAACAACAACACUGGACUGCAACCUCUCUUGACAACAACAACAACAACAACAAAAACAACAACAACAACAACAACAACACUGGACUGCAACCUCUCUUGACAACAACAACAACAACAACAAAGCACCAACAGCAACGCCAGCAGCUCGACACCAAGCUCAAACUCCAAUACGAAUGGGAUCUUGAUCCCUAUCCGCCGCACCUUUUAGGAACUCAGGCUGGCCAAGCCCCACCGCAGGUCGUCCACUAUCAUGGACAACGGGGCGGCAGUCAGGCGAACACACCCACGAACCUGUUCCACGAUGCCAGUAUGAUGCGCCGCGGCAGUCAGGACACUGUUGGCAGAAACGAGAGGAAGAGUGGCGAGCAGGGGUCAUUGGAGACUUUGCCUGGGGCGAGACUGGAGAAGACAUCGAAAGAGGGAGCUAUGGAAAACCAGAGUAUCAGCGAAGAGGCUGAGCCGGAGGCUGAGACAGAUACCAAGGGCCAAAAGGCAGGAGAAGCGGAAGCGGAAGCGGACAGGUGA